CAGAGUUCAUUGCUUUGCAAACCCCGCCAGACCGAAGUCUGAGGAAGGUUGCAAAAGGGUGUCCGGGUGUCUGAGAUCGCCAUGAAGACUCUCAUUGCUGCAUAUUUCCAAAACCAGAGUGGGAGCCAUGCCAGCAUCCAGGCUGCUCUCCGUGUACUGCUGGCUGUGCCAUGGCCUUCAAAACGAGAUUUCUUGGCUGGCCUCCAGCUCCUGUCAGUCCUCCAGUGGAUUCUCAGCUUCUUGGUGAUGGGAAUUGUUUUCCUGAUUCUCCUUAUCUAUCUGGCUUUCACCAGUUUCUGGCCCAUUUCUGCUAUCUACCUGUCUUGGCUUAUAUUUGAUUGGAAUACACCUGAGAAAGGUGGGAGAAGUUCUACUUGGGUCCGGAGCUGGUCCAUCUGGAAUUACUUCCGAGAUUAUUUUCCGAUUCAGCUGGUGAAGACUCAUGACCUGCUCCCCAGCCACAACUAUAUCAUCGGGAUCCACCCGCAUGGGAUCCUCUGUGUUGGAGCUUUCUGCAAUCUUGUCACUCGUUCCACCGGCUUCCAUGAAAAGUUUCCUGGGAUCAAACCCUUCCUGGCCACACUGGCUGGCAACUUCCGAUUGCCUGUCUUCAGGGAAUACCUAAUGAGUGGGGGUCUCGUCCCUGUGACCCGUAAGGCGAUAGAAUACCUCAUAUCCCGGAAUGGGACUGGCAAUGCUGUAGGGAUUGUAGUUGGUGGUGCAGCAGAGGCCCUCUCCUGCCGGCCAGGAGUGACAACACUGAUCCUGAGUGAGCGCAAGGGGUUUGUUCGGAUGGCACUCCGACAUGGGGCUCAUCUGGUUCCUGCUUUCUCCUUCGGGGAGAAUGACCUUUUCCAGCAGGUUCUCUUCGAGGAAGGGACCUGGAUGAGGAGCAUCCAGGACAGAUUCAGAAAGCUCCUGGGCUUCUCCCCUUGCUUUUUUUAUGGAAGGGGAUUCUCCUCUGUCCGUUCCUGGGGACUCCUUCCUUUCCCCAGACCAGUCACCACUAUCAUUGGAGAGCCCCUGAUGGUGCCCAGGAUAGAGAAUCCAACCCGUGAGAUGGUGGAUCGCUACCACUCCAUGUACAUCCAUUCUCUCCGCAAGCUCUUUGACGACCACAAAGCCACGUAUGGGUUGUCAGAGACGGACGAGCUUCGGAUCCUAUGACUGAGAUUAACAACAAGGGGGUGGAGGGAGGAGACAAAGGUGCCAACAGGUUCCUGCCCCUCAGCAAGGGCUCCCUCACCUCUUAUACUUGGCCCAUGCUUGCCAUGCAGAAGUUCCAAGUCCCCCAGCAACAUAGUCUUAAAAAGGAUUCACUGUUUUGCCCACGGAUCCCCUGAUUUUCCUAUUUGGCCACAGUAAAGAAACUGUGCUAACAGAGGGCAGGAAAUUAAGGCAACACCUCUUAACGGCUGCCAGAAAAUUUGUCAAAAACCGGGGGGGGGAUUGAACACCAUCCAUGAGAGAAUCAUAUAACCAUAACAUUGUGGAGUUGGAAAGUACCCUGAUGGGUCACCAACCCUCUGCAAUGCAGGAAUCACAACUAAAUAAUCCCUGACAGGUGGAUAACGGAUAACUAAAAUUUGGGACAUAGUAUGCAUGAUUAAACUUACACUUUUGAUGAGAACUAGAGAGGUAAGGCAACAAGAUAAUGUCUAAAAAUGGAGUAUUUUUAUAAUAUACUGGAGUAAUAAGGUAAAAGAUAAUGUAAACCCACGUGUGUUAGUUGGCGCCUUGUGAUAUUAAUUUAUUACAUUUGAUUUUGGUAUGGAAAUCUGUUCCUAUGUGCUUGGUUCUGGCUAUCCCCUAUUGUAUUUGGCACCUGCCAUUAUACUUUGUUACAUUUUAUUAUAAAUAAAUGUAUGUUUUGUUUAAAAAAGGGAUUGUCAACGACAAGGAAAAAAGCUACUGCCAGCCUGAGUAGAUAAUACUGAGCCACUUGGAUCAAUGGAUUUCUUUAUGCAGCAUGUACUCCAACCUAGACGUCUUCAAAAGAAGGUUCGACAAAUUCGUGAAGGAGGAAAGGCUGUGCUCUGCCUACAUGGUUGGAGGCGGUGAAGCUUUUGAAUACCAGUUGCUGGAAACCACAGGAGUGUGCUCUUGCACUCAGAUCCUCCUCAUGGCUAUUCCUUGGUGGCCACCCUGAAAACAGGACGGUGGACUAGAUGGGCCCCCUUUGGCCUGAAACAGCUGUUGCAGGUCUGAGCUUAGUUUCUUAUGAUUCCUAAGUGGAACCUCCAUGAAUGGAGCCAAUCUAACAUAGAAUGGGGGGAAACAGUCUUCCAGUUUGGAGGUUGUGCUGUGAAACAUGUCUCUCAUUUCUCUCCAGACCAACAAGCUUUCAGACUACUGAAUUAUCAGGCUGUUUGGACAAAGACCCUGGUUAUCGGCAAAUAAAACAUCCUAUCAUAUAUUAUUUCCUUCUAACAAGGUAUAGCCAUGACAGCUAAAGCGAAUGAGGGGUAGCUUCUUCAAGUUCAACUGUGUCACUAUUGAUUGAGUCGAGGAAAAUGGCAGCAGAGGACUCUAAUACUGGUUUAGUGAAAGCGAUCCUGUUUCAAAUCCAAGUUCUGAAGCCAAUCCAAAAAGUUUUGGCAGAGCUUAAGAAUGAUCCAAAGCAGAUGCAGGAUAGAUGGUUCACUAUGAAGAUUACCUGUUUGGAGUCGCAGUUACACAGGAAAAAUCGGUGUGUAAUUGGCACUGAAAAUCCUCCAACUCAAGCAAAGUAUAUGGUGCAGAGCAGGCACCCCCAAACUUCGGCCCUCCAGAUGUUUUGGACUACAGUUCCCAUCAUCCCUGACCACUGGUCCUGUUAGCUAGGGAGCAUGGGAGUUGUAGGCCAAAACAUCUGGAGGGCCGCAGUUUGGGGGUGCCUGGUGCAGAGCAUACAUACCCCACAACAUUUCUCUGAUGAAAAUAGGGACAUCCCAUUCCAUAAUAAUUUUACUAUUUAUACCCCACUCAUCUUACUCGGUUGCCCCAGCCACUCUGGGUGCCUUCCAACAUAUAUAAAAACAUAAUAAAGCAUUAAACAUUUUUUAAAAAAAACCUUGAUGUGAGGGAUAAGAGAUACCGACAGCCCCCUCCCAUCCUGAAUACCAGCUCCUCCCCCAGCGGGGAGGGGGAGACUUCGAGUGGUGAUUCAGGAAGUGGAAGCAGGAGCUUGAGUACCUUAGUGGAGCACAGGCACCGCCGGGGAAAGGAACAGGGAAGCAGGGAGACGGUGGGAAAGAGGCCGAUCCCAGCUACUCCGGAAUUGCGUAAAAAGCGCAGGGGGCGGAGAUUCAGCAUGCCAAGAUUACUUUGUUGGAAGAAAACGCGCGAACCGCCAUUCGGAGGUUCUGCGGAAGACUAACAACAUGUACCACUAUCUGUAAAUAGCACUGCUUUUCAGCACUGUAAAUACACAGCACCAAUAAAAGGAUAAAAUGCAGAGCUGUGUGGAGUCGUUACUCUGAAGUAGCCCACCCAGGCCACUGUGACACUUCCCUAUACAGGAUUGCCUUCAGACAGUUUGGGGUUGGAUAACUCCAUACCCUCCAACAUUUCUCCAAUGAAAAUAGGGUCACCCAAAGGAAAAGCAGGGCAAUCUGGGAGCAAAUCAGGGAUGUCCCUGGGAAAUAGGGACACUCAGAUGGCCUGGACUAUAUGGUGGAUUUUUUUUCAAAUAGCUUCUCUCUCUGGGAGUGGACUUCCUGAUUGAGAUAGACCACGUUACUGUAUCUUAAUUCCUGUAACAAGCCAGAGGACUGGGACUCCUUCCAAUAUUACAAUUGUGCAAUUUCUGCAUGUCACUGCGAGAGACAAGAUUCUACAUACAUUUUGCCAACAAUCAGUAAAAUCUCUGCUGAAAUGGGAUCAAAAUUAGAUAGCAAUUUAUCCUGACUUUAGUAAAGAAAUGUCUGAAAAGCAUAGACUUUCCACAAAAGCACCAAGUCUUGCAAGGUCAGAACAACUCCAAUAUUUCAUGUGCUUUCCAGCUACAUUCUGCAUUUAUCAUGAAGAUCAAAUUCACAAAUUUGUCAGUCACUCGAAUGCAAAGGCCUUUAUCUUAUCAAUCAAAUCUGCGGAUGGUCAAACAUGAUGAUUUAAGGAAGAAAUGUAAAUCUCUGAAGAUGUCCUAAAGAGGUUUCAUUUUGAAUGACUCUGUGUUUCCACUUUCUUUUUUUCUUUCUCCUCAGUUGUUUUCUCAUACUGACACAUUGUGAUAAAAAGCCUGGGCAUAUUGUCAAUUAAAGAAAUCAGCAUUUUUACCAACUUGUAUAUCAAUUUAUUCUGAUCCUAUUUCUUUUCAAAUAACCACAUUUUCUAUUUUAAAAAAAGGUGCAUCAAUAUUGUCCAGAAAAUAUAUGCAAUAGAAUUGAAUUUAAAUGCUAAGCUAAGUGCCGGUAUUAGAAAAUAUGAUAUAUGUUCAAAUAUGGAAAAAGGAUAUUACUAAAUGUUUGUUAAAUGGUCCAAAUCAUAAAAUAAGGUGGUAUUUGGAAAACCUUGAUAAAGGGGGGCAAAAUAAAAUUAAUGGAUAAAAUUAGUUCAUUUUAAUGUAAAAGGGUUGUGAGAAUCUAAGAAGUAAAAUGUAUGUUUAGCAUAUUUAAAAUUGUUAAGGGUAGAUAUUGCUUAUUUACAGGAGAUUAAUCUAAUGAAACGGGAUAAAUUAUUAUUAAUGAAAGAUUGGGUGGGAUAAGUUUAUCUUACAAGUACUGUGGCAAAUCCUAAAGGUGUGGCCAUUUUGGUCCGAAAAGGUUUUUCAGUCAGGUUAUUAUUGAUGCAAAUGGGUGUUAUUAAAUUUUAUGUGCAAAAAUAGAAGAGAUGGUAAUAGCUAUGGUUAAUGUUUAUGGACCUAAUUUGGAUUCUCCUGAUAUGUUUUGGACACUUGAAUGAGUGUACAUAUGAUAAAUUGAAAAUAGUAGAUUUUAAUUAAAUAUUAGAGGUGGUACCCCUCCUGUAACACCCCAGUAACGUUCUUCAGUUUUUGGUAGAUGGAAAGGCGAAUGAUCUGAAAAUGAAUAUUAUCUCCAGAUUAAUCUAUAUUCUGAGAGGAAUUGCGCUUCAUAUAUUUGGAAAAUAUUUUCAGAAAAUAAAUCCUUUCUUUAGAAAAUGUCUAUGGGGUUCUUCACCUCUGAGAAUAUCUU